GCUCCCAUCACUACCAGGUGGUGCUUUUGAACUUGAUAAAGUUCCUGUACUGCACACUUCAAACAAGAAUCUCAUUCAAAUUCCACCAAAUCCAAAUAACCCUCUAGAAGUUCAAAUUGACUAUCCGUAUUCAAACAUUAAAGAUGAAUUAGAAAACUUUGUCCCACCAGAAGACUUGGUUAACUGGUUAUUAAAAGGAAACAAGCCAAUUUAUUUUGGUUAUGGGUCGAUGCAUAGUUUCAGCGAUGUUGAAAGUAGGGUUCGCGUGUGGUUAAAUGUAAUGGAUAGACUUGAUGAAAACCAUCGAGCACUUUUUUCUGGUGUUGGCAGUGUAAGAAUACCUGAAUUACGCCAAGCAAUUUCAUCAGGUCGAAUAUUUCUCGUUGGUCAUGUUCCUCAUUCUUGGUUAUUUCCUCGAGUUUGCUGCGUAGUACAUCAUGGUGGUGCAGGAACAACACAUAAUAUUGUCAGAGCUGGUGUUCCCUCAGUUGUU